GCGAGGACAUGCAAGAUCAACCGUGCGAUCUGCGCAGCAGCCCAGCCAGCGCAUCAGAGGGUCAGACCUAUCUGCCACAUCUGCGCACGACGAUUCCGCAUCCAUACGCCAGACUUUACGCGAAAAAGGAUGGUGCAAAGAGACGCCGCAUAUGGAACCACGCACUCGAAAAGUCCCUCUUCUCCGCGCACGAACUUUCGACCAUGGGCGCCCCCCACCGACGCACGAUUUACACUGCAAGCCUAGAAGCGCAUGUUGACCGAUUACACGCCCAGCUAAUCAGCGUUGGCUUCUAUCCCGUCCCCUUCGAGAAGCUCGACCCGUUUAAGGGCUUGAAUUCGAAAACCGCGAAGAGUAUGGUUGCCGGCCUGCAGCACGACGAUUCGCACAUGAAGCUCAAGCUCUUGGAGAUUGAGCGUGCCGUGAGUCGAUAUAGACUGUGUGUCAAGAUCCAGACAAGAUGCUGA